CCGCAGCGCUGAGAAGAGAUUGCGUGUUUUGGUUGCUUCUCCAGAGCUUCGCCGAACGAAUUUUGUCCCCAACGCAUCCAUCAGUCGUGUGAUAAUCGCUCUUUGCAAGUCGUCGUCGUCGUUUUCUCGCUACACAGUUCCAGCUUGAAGUGAAAAAGCUGUUCUAGUGCCAGCAUUUGGGGGGAAGUAUUCUGGUGAGAGUUUCUUCCGAGACAAGAAAGUGGUCAAGUAGAAGGACGGGGACGUGGUGGAAAAAACGAUUGCGUGUUCCGUGUCGGUUUUAGGGAAUCCGUCUUUGUAGGGGGUUCUCUGUUCUGUGCCGGAAUCGAUGGAACAAUAGUUUGCCAGUGUAUGUCAGUACCUAAAUUGACGCAGUGUAAAGAGAAAAAUCCGAUUCCGAAGCUGCUUAUUCUGUUGGGAGGGCUUUAAUCGGUGUGUUAGUGCGCGAAUUUUUCUCCUUUUACCAGCCGAGUGAAUCAAAGUUGAGGAAGAAAGUUAAGUCGGAAAAGUUCAGUGAUUUCGAAGAAUAAUAUUACUGGAUGUGAAGCAAAAAUCUGAAGAAAAGUGUCUACUUCAAGAAGAAUUUCAAAAAGUUUCCGUUUUCUUUGAAUGGUGUGUGAUUAAUUGAAAAUUAGUGAAGAAGCUUACAGCAAGAAUCACGACAACAGUUGCUUCCAUCAUCCAUCCCUCCUUAAUUCGCAUUCGUCAUCAGCACCGUGGUGAAGGCAAUCAAAUACGACUUCUAGCUUGUGGGUUCUUGAGGGGAACAACACAGUGUGGAACGGGUUUUCGGUGGACUUGGCACAGAAGAUUUCAAGUGCUAACCAGGGCGAACCGCUUUUGUGAUCCAUCCACCUGGUCCCGUCAUUCCGGAAGAUUUUAGAAAGUUUUUACACUGUCAGUGCCGAGUAUUUAAGUGUUCUUGCCGCGCGUUUCCCAAUGGCUUCCGCAUCCCAGAAUUAAUCCCGGAAGUGAAAAAGUUCCAACGACAGAGAGUCUUGUGUGGUGAGUUCGGGGGUGAAGUGGAACCAUUUCUUCGAAGAAGACAAUCCCAGAAACAGUCUCACGAUUGACGUGUCGGAAGGACCGGAAGCCGCUGGCAUGAGUGGAAGCAGCAGUGUUGUUGGCCAAUCGGCCUCGGCCAGUGCCGUUUCGACACCGAUCAACGCCGGAACGCGGCCCGAUUCGGCACCGGCAUUCGGAUCGUCCAUGGCCCAGCAGCAGCAGCAGCAACAACAACAGCAGCAGCAGGCGUCGACACCGCCAUCUGCCGGAGCGGCCGCCGGUGGGAAAUAUCUCGAUCCCCGUUCGGCCGAAGAGAAGAAGUUUCGUCGGACGUCGCUGCUGGUUCCGCUGCACAAGGUGCCCUCAUCCGAGAGUCUCAGCCUCAGCCCGGGACCGGCAUCUCCAGGAAUCUCGGGAUGGAACGACAGCAGUCCGAAGAUUGACGCCGGCUUUCCAGAUAAGCAAUCCAACAACGAUUCUACCAAGCUAAACCGCAAGGAAUCAUACAAAGCACAACGAAAAAAUUACCGCCGCGAGAAGAAACGAGUGGCUUCGGAGUUGCUGAAUUCGCUCCAGGAUCCGGCCGUCAUUGUUCUGGCAGAUUGGUUAAAGAUCAGAGGAACCCUCAAAUCGUGGACCAAGCUAUGGUGCGUCCUGAAGCCGGGACUGCUGUUCAUCUACAAGAGCCCUAAGACCAAAAGUAGCCACUGGGUGGGAACGGUCCUGCUCACGUCCUGCCAGGUUAUCGAACGACCCAGCAAGAAGGAUGGCUUCUGCUUCAAGCUGUUCCACCCGAUGGAUCAAACGAUAUGGGCUCCACGGGGGCCGGACAAAGAGACUAUGGGUGCUGUCGUUCAACCGCUGCCCACAUCCUACCUCAUAUUCCGCGCUCCCAGUCAGGCAGCCGGAAAGUGCUGGAUGGAUGCCCUGGAGCUCUCACUGAGGUGUUCAGCCCUAUUGGUGCGAUCCGUACCGGUCAUUGACACUAGCACCAUCGAAGGCGCUACCAGUACCCAUGAGACCCAGUGGUCCGAGGCGGACUACGAGAAGCACUUUGACGAGCAUGUCCCCAAAUUGAAAGAGCACCUCAGCUACCUAAUGAAGUACCUUCCGCCAUCCCCGCCGGACAAAAACAACCUCCAUGUAGAAACAAUCGAAAAGUCCUUCCCCCGUAGUCCUUGUCCCUCGCCGACUCCGAUCUUUCAACAGCUGUACCUGGCGGUAGCUCACUGGGAACGAUACCUCCGCGAUUCGCCGGACUUCCUUCGCCACCUAUCGACGGAAAGCGGCGUCGAGCAGCAGUCCGGAUCGCAGUCUCCGGCGGGCAUCGAUGACGACGUGUUCGAUGAGAAUGGAGCUUUCCCUCCUUUUGAACGAAGACGCGGUUCGCUGCAAGUCGGGGUUUCUCCUGUUGCUACCAGGCUGGAUAGUGUCGAUGAACAGCGCGCACGUCGUCGGAGCAGUCCCGCCGAGUUCAACAAGGAAUGUGGAUCCACUGGCAUCACGAUUCGGGUUUCCGGCGACCAAUAUUUGGACAUCGACAGCCAACCGGAUCAGGGAACGUUGGUUAUGUCGGCCGGAGAAUCCGACUCGGAGUCGGACAUGGGCGAAGGCAUGGAGGUAGAAGAGUUCCCGGAAACGCCCUAUGUGCAUUCGCCUGAGGAGGAAUUCGGAGCGGCCGGCGAACAGGUGGAAGAACUUCCCGAAGAGCACAAGAGCUUGAUAUGGUUUCUGGUCAAACAGGUCCGUCCCGGUAUGGAUCUGAGCAAGGUGGUGCUGCCGACGUUCAUUCUGGAACCGCGGUCAUUUUUGGACAAACUUGCUGAUUCGUAUUAUCACGCAGAUAUUCUAUCAAAAGCCGUUAUGGAGGACGACCCGUUCACCCGCAUGAAAACCGUGGUCCAGUGGUACCUUUCCGGGUUCUACAAGAAGCCCAAGGGUCUCAAGAAGCCCUACAAUCCGAUCCUGGGUGAAACGUUCCGCUGCUACUGGCAGCACGAGAACGGCAGCCGAACGUUCUACAUUGCCGAGCAGGUCUCGCACCAUCCGCCGAUUUCCGUAUUCUACGUCACAAACCGGCAGGAUGGCUUCUGCAUCAGUUGCAGCAUCCUGGCCAAGUCUAAAUUCUACGGCAACAGUACUUCGGCGAUACUGGAGGGUGUGGCCACGUUGACCCUGUUGCCGCGAGGUGAGAGCUACACGUUGACGGUGCCGUACGCCCACUGCAAGGGUAUCCUGAUGGGAACGCUUUCGAUGGAACUUGGCGGUAAGGUUUCCGUCGAGUGCGAAAAUACGGGUUACAAAACGGAACUGGAAUUCAAGCUGAAGCCGUUCCUGGGAGGCAACGAGUACACCAACCUGAUCACCGGAAAGCUUAAGUUGGGCAAGGAAACGCUGGCCACGAUCAACGGCCACUGGGACGGGGAGAUUAAGAUUAAGGAUUCGCGCACCAAUGAGGAAUCGGUGCUGUUCAAUCCGACGACGGAUAUUCGUGCCAAACGGUUAAAGCGCUUCACGGUGCCGAUGGAGUCGCAGGGAAUGACCGAAUCCGAACGGCUGUGGCAACACGUGACGGCAGCCAUUCGACGGGAUGACCAAGUGGGUGCUACCGAAGAGAAAACGGCACUGGAAGAGGCGCAGCGAAUCUCCGCCAAGGAACGGAAGGCGACCUGCACCGAGUGGAUACCGGCGCUGUUCCAGCAGGAUCUGGUCACUGGGCAGUAUCACUACAAAUAUGCCGACCUGCGUCCUUGGGAUCCCCGAAACGACCUGCGCCAGUACGAGAGCAACUACCGGAUCCAAACGAAGACCCGCCAUCAGGCUCCGAUGGUGCGGACGGCUUCGGUGGUUAGCACCGAACCGCUGAGUAUUCUGCAGGCAGAAUCACGUAGUUCGUUGCGCAAGGGCCGCAUGGUCGUGGCCGGCACUGUCCUGAAGUCUCGCAAAAUCUCAUCCAACACAUCCACACCGGAUCUGAACGAUCCGAACUCGGAUUCUAGUCACUCGAAUGAUCAUGACAUUAGUAUCUCCAAUACAAGUAAACGCAGGGUAAUGCACACGCUGGACGACAUCAACAAGAAGCUGGAAGAGCACUCGAAGAAGCUGUCCAAGCUGCAGCUGGACAUGGACAAAAUCCACUGGGCCCCGAAGACGCACGCCCAGGGUGAAGGCGGAAUCCUGUCGCCCACGAGCCUAAGAGCGAUCGCGUUCGGAGUAAUCGGACUGCUGAUUCAGGUUCUGGUGGCGUGGUUCCUCACCAAGCGGUCACUGGCCAGCGGCGGAGGUUCGGCGGGAGGUGACAGCGGUAGUUCGUAAGUGGUGGGGAACUAGUGUUAGAGAACCGCGGAGCACGCAAAAUUCCUGUUUGAGAACAAUCGGAGGAACAGGGAAAUCGCCCUUUCCCGGGACUUGGAAGGUGGGCAACUGACCGGGGGAACGGGGUUUUGUGAGAGGGGGAGGGACACACAUUGCCUAAAAGGUUGCCAGUGUCGAUAAAUUUUGUUUUUUGGACGAAAGAAAAUAGCUUGUAGUUCAGCAAUAUAACGAGUCGGAAUGUUUUUCAGAAACAAAAAAAUAAUAUUGAAACAUUAAGGUUAAUAGUCAGAUAUUAGUUUACGGACAUGUAUGUAUUGCUAGGCGAGGCGCUUUUUAUACACUGAGCUUAUCCCAUGGGUUUCUUUUCGGGUUCUUUGUACAAGUGGUUGUUGAAUGAAUAUCUUAGUUUUGGCCAUGUGAUCAUGAAUUUUCAUUAGUGUUGUUAAUCUUCAUCUUAGCGUUAAGGAAACGUGAUAAUUUCUAUUUUGGCAAUCUUCUAGACUAUUUUUGGGUACAAUUUUGGGGUUCUCUAGUUUUUUAAAUGUCUUAAGAUUUCUGUUGUGUGCUGUAUCCAAACAAUUUGUCUUUGUGAGUUUUUGCAAAUUGUUUUUUGUUUUCUUAGUGAAGCUUGGUCCAAAAUUAACCCUGAGGAAAUCAAACUAUUUUACACUAUUUUUCUCGAAUGCGGAACCAAUUCUUUUAUAUCUGUCAUAUGUAAUGAAUGUUUAAGAUGACGUGUAUCUUUGUCGCAAAUUUCAUUGCGAAAAGGAUUUGUGAAAUCUAGUUUUUUGAUGAUACCCUGCAUGGAAAUUUGGCAUAACAUCGUUUGGCCGAAUAAGAUAUCCUGCGACAUUAUACAAUACAACUCAAAAGCCUCUAAUUCAAAGAUGGGAAAGUCCUGAUUGAAACAUUAGAAGCUUAAAACUAAUAACUAAUUAAACAGUUUAAUCAUUAGAAUAGUUCAUCAGAAUAACCUAUUCUUAAGAAGGAAAAAAUCGGUCAAACGUUCAUUCGACUAAGUAUGCCAAAUGAUCGUAAAUCCAAAAUGCUCUGAAUGGUCAGAGUUCCAUAAAAAAUAAUUUUAUUCACCAAUUAAUUAAAUACAAUAGAUUGCCCUUCACUUCACACUAAGAACUGACUGUUUUUUCUAGCAAAACACCUUUUAUAACCUAACUUAAUCUUUAUGCACACUCAAAAUAAUCCAAACGUCAUUGUUACGUGAAAACAUACGUGGUUUUUUUCCAUCGCACUUUUCACGUAGCACUUACGUUAAUCAUUGGUACCACUGAAUGAACGCAUGAAUAAAUAGAAAUCGUCAGUUCCAUCGAAGUUUAGCUGCUACGUGAAUUUUCACGUAGCUUUUACUGAGUGUUUCAAUAGAUCCUAGAUGUAUUUUUUAUUAAAUGUUAUCGGAAUAUUUACAUACAACCCAAUUCUGUUUUCCAUCCAAUUGAAUAAUUUUUCACUUUAAAAAAUACACAAACUGAAGGAAUAAAACUAUUUAUUAUGUUCAAUCGAGCAAGGUAACCAGUAACAAUUUCUCUAAUGUCCACUGAGUGACACGACGGUAUGCAUGGUGAUUCGAUUAUAUGAGAAAAAACGAAAGUUCCUCUCAAGUUUGCUAAGGGCCGUUCCAUUAAAAAGUGUCCCGUUCUUCAAGUUUCGUCGGAUUUGGUGUUCAACGUUUCAUUAACUCUAUUUAAAAUAAUAUAUAUGCUAUGAAAAAUUUAUAUACUUCGGUUUCUAACACGUAUUUACCCUGAAAUCAACCUUAAAUGAAGUCCAGCAGGUCCUGGGAAAACUAACUGCCACCAUCUUUAAAUUUGCGCACAACAGAGGAUGAGCACGAUAUGGAGGUGAUCAAAAUGAAUUCAAGUGCCUACGUGUUUUCCACGUAAGUGCGAUUGGUAGCCACAGUAACAAUCACCGGUACUCCAUUUGGUAGUAAUCCAUGCUCUAGUAAUUAUUACCUUAGUCAAGUGGAAUUUGGAUUUGGAAUGAGCUACGUGAUUUUUCACGUAGCAAUGACGUUUGGAUUAUUUUGAGUGCAGCAAAAUAUUCCCGGGCGAAUGCCUGUUUCUCAUGAAGUUUGUCGUUGAUCUAGAGUCCUAGAUUAUCAACAUACAUUGGCAUAUAGCUGAGAUUAGUUUGCAGGUUCUUUUUUUAGUCUAUUUGAUAUCAAUCUUAAAAAUUACGUGAAUGGAAGUUUCCGUGUUUGUCUUAAAAUAUGAUGGCAAAACCACGUUUUUACAAAUUUUGGGUACAGCACUAGAUAUUAAAAUAUAUGUUUCGCAGUAAUAUGAUUGAACUCUAAUCUAACGAAAUUCUGAGAGAAAUCUAGAUCAAUUAGUGAUCACGAACAUAUUUUUCCCGGCAAAUGUUUCCUCUAUAACAUUUUCAAACUGUAUGCCACUUUUGCUGCAACACAAAGCACUAACAAGGACGCCAACCUCGAAAUUACACCCACCUCGCACUUGCUAGCCCAUGCGCAUGCCCUCACCUCAUAACCCAAAAAGCCAUACAAGUUAUCGUAGUUGUAACGUCCGUACAAGCUUACCCAAAAGCUGGAAAAGCCACCACUAGUUAGCACUAAGCUUUCGCAAGCUCCCACCCCGGAAACAGAUGAAAAAUGCUUCCCAAUGCACAACUAGUUGCUUCUAUCCCGUCACACACGCACGCAUCCCUCUCGAAAAGCGAAUCUACUUACAUUCCGUCAACACUGGGCUGUUACACUAGGGACGACCCCAGUCGAGGAGAUCGCAGAUAAACACACUGAGACAAAACGAUCUGCUAAAUUGGCAUCAUUACUCAACAUACAAAUUAAACGAACAAACAAACAAUUAACAGAACAAUUACACGUCUAAUAGCUAAUUAGUCUAGCUAGCGAAACGGUCGAAAGCGAUCGGACAGUUUUAGGUUCUCGCAAAUCUAUCGAACGCAAUACUAACACUAUCAUUAAAAUACGACUUUGGAGAACAAUGUUAACGGAAGGCCACAGAUCUUCGGAAGUGAUAGAGAAUGUGCGAAUAAUACCUCUUAUGAUACUUUAGUCCUUUUCUCGGAGAUUGCGGUGUUCGUCUCGUUUCUGUGUGUGCGUUCGGUUUCAGUUUUCAUUUGUGUCAUCAUUAAUUCAACCUACGACCAGGACGGCCGGCGGUGGUAAUCUUAGUGUUCUACUUUGAGUCUACUACUUUGUGUAUUACGGUGUAUAGCGAACAAAAGUGUUGUAGAAACGUAUUUAAUUAAGUCAACCGUUUGGAAGGGAGUUUCCUACCAUUUAAUAUUGAUUGCAAGAGUUUUGGUGUAUUGUAUUUAAGAGCGUUAAAAAUCGGAUCUGUAGGUAAUGUAUAAUUUACGAAGGAAUAUUAUUACUUAUAUACCCAAUCGCAAGUAAUUCCCCUACUAUUUGAGAUGGUUACGUACUAGGUCAAAGGAGGGUAUCGGAACAGCGCAGUACUAUUAGGUUAUUUGUAAUCACGUGGCGUUCUUUGGGAGUUUUAAAUGGACACGGUUUGUAAGAAAAUAUUGAGCCAUUGUAUUACAAAAAGAAAUGAUAACAAAACGAUUAACAAUCAAAGCUAAUUUAGCAAUGAAGAAACUAAAUCAUACACAAAUAAUAUAUUGAAUCAAUUUCAUUAAAAAGAAAAAUAUGCUCAUGCAUAAGAACAAAUUACACCCCACUUGAAAAAUGGAGAUAAGCAUCGAUAUAAAUUAAAAUUGAAUUAAAUUGUUACUGAAACGAAUAAAAAUUGAAUUCUGGUUACAUUAAA